UGUAUGUGCCAAUGUAGAAUCACAGGUAAAGAUGCUUUCAGCUGCUGCUUUCUUCAUCAUCUGCCUCCUCUUUCUUCUUUUUUGUUGGUUUGAAUUUUAAGGUGUUAAAAUAUAUCAAUGCAUUCUUUUAAUUGGUUUGUAUGAAUUUGUGAUAAUCAACAUAUUAUACAUGGGUUCUUUUAAUUGGAUUGUGAAAUCCCCUCUGGUUGGGCAUUCAGUAAUAUUGACUUGUGAUACACUGAUACAGUAUUGUUGUUCAAGCCUG